AUUUCGUUCACAGUAGUCAGUUGCCAGAAGACUGUCAACUGUUGUCUAUAAUUCUUCUCCUGUUUCGAUCCUUUCACACUAAACCGAAUUGGCUGAAAUUAAUUAAAAUGCUAACUAAUAAAAUUUUGGAAUCGAGUCUUUUACUGUUCAUUUGUUUUCUCCGGUCUGGACGAGCGGACACGGCGAUUGUUGUAGAAGCCUCAGAUGAUGAUGAGUCUAAAGAUUCAGUCGUCGUGGAAGAUGUACCUCAGUAUGGAUACCCAACUACUCCUUGGCUACCCUAUUACUUCUUUUCACCGAUGAUGCAACCUCAAUAUUCAGCAUCAGGUAUCACAUCUUUGAGUAGAAACUGGGGCACUGUGUUCGUGCCGUUCACAAGCUGCACGUCACCCAACAAAGAAACUGGAAUUUGCGAAGAAAGCGGCGCUUGUAUCAGACUCGGAGGCAGAGCUUCUGGUUCCUGUGCUAACGGCCGUGUCUGCUGCAUUAAUAUCGUCACCAACACUUGCGACGAGACGGAUCGAAAGGUCAUCACCGUCGACAACACUUACUGGCAAUCUCCAACGACUGGCAUAACCUCUUUCGUUUCCUCCUGUGGUAUAACGGUUAAACUGGACGCCAAAUUGCCGGAACAAGGAAAGGCCGUUUGUCAAGUCCGGUUAAAUUUUGUUCUGUUUACCAUCGCCCAACCGGACGCGGAGUCAGUUUGUAUCACCGAUACUUUUGAUGUAGCUGGAGCCUCGAACAGAGUCCCCACUAUUUGCGGAGACAACGAAGGCCAACAUAUGUAUUUGAAUGUGCCUUCAUCGUCCACUUCUCCUACCGACUUGCAAUUCUCCUUCAAUUUCGGGACGAAUUCAAAUCCUGUACGCGCCUGGAACAUUUUAAUUUCCAUGAUCCCUUGCGACUCGGCAAAUCUCGCACCCAUGGAUUGUCUCCAGUAUUUCACCGGCCGCACGGGAACUGUCAAAUCGUUCAACUGGCGUGAUGUCACCGGAACGGCCACUCGUCAGUUGGCCAAUCAAGACUACAGCAUCUGCUUUCGAACGGCGCCAGGUUUUGCUAAGACUUUAUGUGUGACCCCGUGCACGGUGACAUCAACUCAAAAGCCGUUCAGCCUCAGCUUAGCAAGAUCUGUUCAACCUCAAGUUGGACAAAGGAUCGAUGUGAGUCAAUUUCUGUCGACGAACUGCAACAACGACUUCCUGGUCAUUCCAGGCGCUUACAAUACUGGAAAUCCACCGAUAGAGACAGACAUGACAUUCGAUCGCUUCUGCGGGGAGAGACUCAAUUCUCUGCCAGGAAAAGGUGUCUCAACAACAGUUUGCACCACUGCGACCCCAUUCAGACUUCUGUACCGCACCAAUAGCGAUGAAACGUUAACUGCAACUAUAGAUACUGCUGGUCCAAACGCUGUUCCUAUCGCCGGAAACCGUGGAUUCUGUCUCAACUUCCGCAAUCAAUAAUUUAUUCAAUCGUCCAGCUAGAUAUGUCGAUGCCAUUCACAUGAUUUAUUGAUCUUUAUAUGGAAUUAGAUUUGAGGUGACGGCUCUCUUUUCUAUGUAGCUAUAUGGUUAUUUGGGAUUCAAUAAACAGUUUUAUACUAU